CUGUUGAAUGACGGCCGUAGCUCUGUUGACACUUAAGAGACGAGACAGACUCCGGGACCCUUACGGGCCUACCCUAUUUAAAUGUACACCGUGUGAAGAUAUCAGUUGAACGAGGAAGAGUGUCUAAUCGUUUCUUUUAUCACCGGCGGAUGUUGCGGACCGUGCGCGGACUGCGUGACGGGACGAGACGGUGUCGAGACUGAGCCGACGUUUUCACAGGUUGAUGAUCCGUAUUUGGCACCGAGCAGCAAAAGUAAAUACAUGGUUGUAGUCUAUAGGCUAUCUCUAGUGACACGGGUUUACAUUUAAAGGAGAACUAGGCGGUGCCUGCUAAUUCCUGGAAAAAUACAGCCCUCCGACCAGAAUGAGACACUUCACGUUUGCAGGUUGGGGACUAUUCGCUGAAGUUGACGCUCAGACUCAGGCUACAAGCAGCGUGUAGGAGGUUUGUCUGUCAGUUAGGGACUGUUUGUCUUACACAUUUUGACAGAUAGCCAAUCACAUCUGUUAUUCAAAUCAGUGCUCUUAUGUCAGUGACCUAUAUCUCAUGCAUGUGCGCCGAGAGCCCACAGUAACCUCUCCACUAGACCAGACAGCAUGGGGAUCAACGGGUUAGACAAUCAAGCGCAGUCGUCUAGCGGAGUGUCCCGGACAGAGGAGCCAGCUGCGGAUCCUCAGACGGAGCAAAGAGAUGCUCCCCAAGAAGCCGACAGGAGCAAGGAUGAUCAGGGGGCGGGCAGCGAGUGUAAGUCCCUGCAGGAGAACUGCACCGUGCAGCUGAUCGAGGCCGGGUGCAAGCCGCCCCUCUCCCCGGCGGCUUCUGAAUCUGAGGCGGUUGUCCAGGUGGAAGAGAGCGGCCACGGAGCUGCAUUCGUCCCACCCGAAGGAGGUUUCGGCUGGCUGGUGGUUUUUGCAGCAACCUGGUGUAAUGGGUCGAUCUUCGGCAUUCAAAACUCUUUCGGCAUCCUGCAUAUGAUGCUGAUGAAGGAGCACGCAGACCCAGACGAUAAGACCUCACAGUUCAAAGUGGCAUGGGUCGGGGCCCUGGCCAUGGGAAUGAUCUUCUUCUGCUCACCUGUGGUCAGCAUGUUCACAGACCGCUUUGGCUGUAAGAAGACAGCUGUCAGUGGGGCAUUGGUGGCUUUUAUAGGGCUGCUCAGUACAUCCUUUGCAAAGUCCCUGAGCCUUCGCUAUUUCACCUAUGGCAUACUGUUCGGCUGCGGCUCUUCAUUCGCCUUCCAGCCCUCGUUGGUCAUCCUCGGCCACUACUUCCGCCGGCGCCUGGGCCUGGCUAAUGGCGUGGUGACGGCCGGUGCCAGCCUCUUCUCUAUGGGCCUCCCAGUUUUGCUCAAUAAGGUGGUGGAACCACUCGGCCUCAGCAGGACCUUCCAGAUCCUCAGCCUCUUCAUGCUGGUCCAGUCACUGCUGGCGCUGAUGUUCAAACCUUUACUGCCUGCUGGAGGAGGCAUGGGACCCCCAGGAAUGGAUCCAGGCCCUGCCAAACCCCAAACUCAGUCAGGGGCCACCGCUCAGGGGGGGAGCAGGUGGAGCAGGUUCCUGAGUGGAUUCAAGAAGUACUUCAACCUGCGUGUGUUUCACAUUGUGACAUAUCGCUUGUGGGCGUUUGGAGUAGCAACAGCUGUACUUGGCUACUUCGUGCCGUAUGUCCACCUGAUUAACUUUGUGAAACAGCAGUUCAAGGGGACCCAGAAGGAAUGGGUUCUGCUGGUUUGCAUAGGAGCUUCAUCUGGGGUGGGACGCCUCGCUUUCGGAAAGAUCGGAGACCUGAUUCCUGGUCUUCACAAGAUCUACAUGCAGGUGGUGUCCUUCAUAGCUCUGGGCCUGAUGUCCAUAUUGAUCCCUCAGUGCUUGGUGUUCGAGGGCCUGGUGGUUGUGUGCGUGUUCCUGGGGCUGUGUGAUGGCUGCUUCCUCACCAUGAUGGCUCCCAUAGCGUUUGAGCUGGUCGGGCCCAUGCAGGCCUCGCAGGCCAUAGGCUACCUUCUGGGCCUUAUGUCUCUUCCCAUGACUGCGGGUCCACCCAUCGCUGGUCUCUUACACGACUACUUUGGGAACUACACGGUGGCCUUCUCUCUGGCUGGGGUGCCUCCCAUUGUGGGGGGCGUGGUGCUGUUCUUUGUGCCCCUGAUACAUCGCAGGCUCCAGGCAGCCGCAUCACCAGACGAGACGUCCACAACUGCCCACAUGCUGCCCACCACUCCACCAGCGGGGGAGCCCAAGAGCUGCUCCAAUGGAGACAUCUUGCCUGGCUAUACUGACGUAGAGACACACAUCUGAGUCGCACCGUGCAAAGGAAUUCAGCCUACCAGCACCUUUUCUCAUCCUUAAAAUUUCUCUCCUCUCAACCAUGGACUUCCUGUCGGCUGACCUUUAACCCUCUCACCCUCCUGGACUCUCAUGGGCUGUUUGUUGUUUUCAUGUGGAGAGAAAUCGAAAAGGGCGCUCUGGCUACGAGCCACAGAGAGGACGAAAAGAAGUCACAUCAGCGUAGAAUGAUGGGAAUGUAUAAGGAGGAAAAGCACAACACGGUCUCGACUAGGAUUGUUUGAGUGGGGACUCUGUAGUAACACAUACCUCCAAGAGGGAAGAAAUGAAGAGAUUUUAACCGACUGAUUUCUGAUUCCACAGCAUUUAUCUUGCUACUUUAGCUUUUUGAAGCUGUAGAAAAAUACUAUGCUUUGUUUCUAGAUUCCAUAUAAACACAUUUUAAGACAAGAGGCUUAUAAAACAAGAAUUAGUGAAGGAAUAAAUUCACACUUUCUUUAUGUAGUACCUCAUCAUCUAAUAAUUCUUUUUAACACAAUGCAUUUUAUUUACUUUGUGUAGCUGAAUCACAAUCUUAUCUUGAGUGAAUUUUUGUUUAUUUCUAUUCUGCUGUUUUCUGCUGUGACUGCUACAAGAGACACGGAAGUAUCUGUUGUAAAUGUCACAGGAGGUAACAGACAAUUCUUCUGAGAGAUCAGCCACCAGACACAAUCACCUCAACUCAACCGCACACUGUACUCACACCCGGGGUCCAAAAUACUUUAGAAAAAUGACUUUACCUACUCUACCAGCCUGCCUGCAUGGGAGACGGAUGUGAUUGUGGCAGUUGCUCCCGCUGGCUCAUAUGCCAUUAACCCUAGAGUGUUAGAUUUUGUUCGCUGUUUGAAUUUAGGUCAGCGACUUUGCAGCUUGUAGCAGGUGUCUUGAAAGCUGUGCAUCUGCUGCCUGAAUCCCAGAAAAUUAACACUAAAGUUGUUUUCUCACGCGUCUGUAUACGGACUUAACUCUCAGCGUUUGUUUUUUCCAAUCAUCGAACUCUACACUUAUUACCGGACAUUUAGAGUUUUUGCAGGGUGCUAAACAAAUCUGCAUAAACUGUGUUUGUUACAGAAUAAUAAUUCCCAGUAGUGUUUGUGUAGUGUUCACACUGUAUACGUGUUGGAAUCAUGCAGUCCUGGAGACAGACAGCUGUUGGUAGCGUAGAUCUUGUAUAAUUUUAAUCUGAACCUUUCCUCUGUGUGAAUGUGUGCAUCUGCACUUUUGAUUGCAGAGGCAGUUGCUACCUUACAAUCUGUGGAUGAGAGGGGACUACUGAGAUUAAAGCUGCCAAAUGGCCUGAGCCCUCUUCAGGCCAUCUCACAGAUAAUCACAUCAAUUUGCUGCUUUAGUUUAGUUUUUUAAUCAUGAGGGCGUCACUCACUGUGUUGGCAGUAACGAAACAAUAUUCCGUCAAGAGGACAGUUUGCAGUUAUUAUGUUUCAUAAACAUUUGGACCACUUACCUCUGCACUCUUAGAUUACAAGUUCUCUUGAACCAUAAACUUUGAUGAACAUAUGUGAAGUAGAGCUGCAAUAACUGACUGUUUGAGUUACACUCUGUGGUUAUAUGCAGAACUCAGUAGCAGGGAGGGGAAUUGGUACACAGUAAGGACGGAGACUCCCUGGUAUUCAGGUGUUAUUCCAUUCUGUCAAUUCCCCUCUUUGCUGCUACUGCCAUUGCUCAGUCGGCUUCUGUCUUACAACAUUUUAGAGACUAAAAGCUACACAAACCUCACUGCUGAGUGUAGUUUUUUAGGGGGAUAAUGCUACAGGACAACAGUUGUGAAUAGGAAAGAUACAUCUAUACCUCAGUAAUUAAACAAUCCUCAGCAAUCAAGUUGAAGAAGUUCUUCAUUACUUUAUCAUUUCUGUGUAGUGUUUUUGUUGUUGGAUUCUGAAUCAGGUCCACAGAGCUGCCUGUUUUCAAUCACCACCACCUUCCUCUGAAACCUCGUUAGUGUUUGUUUAGGAACCACAGAAGUCUGGAAAUGUCAAACUUCCCCAUAAUGUAACAGUUGGUGCGUAAUCCGUUCAGAGAUGUAUCUUUUCUCCUUAUUCUGCCUUCAUAUCCAUUUUUCAUCACCAUUCCUACUCUCUCUCACCUCUACCUCCAUAUUUGGUGGUUAUUGUUAGCUUCUCUUUAUGACAGCCUCGUCGCUCUGUUUGUGUUUGAAGAAAUGCAGUUAUAUAAAUGUCUAAUAUCCUUAACUAAAGUUAAAAUAGACACUAAACCGUAAGCAGUGGAGACCCAUAUAAUGGUUAAGGCUUGUUUAAGAGCAAAAAACUAACUCAGGCCUCUAGUUUGAAUUGAGGAAAUGUUACAUGUUGUUGUUCUAUAUGCAGCUGCUGGAAACAGAAAUGGUAGAGGUAGUUACAAAGUACGGCUGCCUGAAAUGUCCACGGGCCAGCCAUGUAAGCUAACUACUAUCGUAAAUUGUCAUCACAGUUUGAAGCUCAUCAGCCUCCAAACAAAUCUAAUCACAUUAACUGAACUUGAAGCUCCCGCACAAUAAUCUGACCGACAACACUGAGCCCGAUUCAAUCUUUAAAAUUCAGGAGACACCUUCUCAUUUUAUAGUAUUUUAAAAGUACAAUGUUCUCCUGCCUAAUCAACAGUGUUUGGGAGUAACUAGUUACAUGUAACGUAAUUAAAUUACAAAAUACAUGUGUAAAUAAAUUACAGUUAUGAAUCCAAAGGGGUUUCUGUACAUCCAGAUAUAUUAUUUUUGGUAAAAAGCUUGUAUGUAGAAUAUAACAUUCAUUCUGUCGCUCUGUUCUAACCUUAAUUCAAGUUAUAUUGAAGAACUUUUAAUAAAAGUUGACCAGUGAUCAGUGUUGUCACCUGUUGUGAGGUGUACACUGCCUGGUUUAAGUGGGUGUUUAAAACAUUUGUUAGAAAAGUAAUAAAAUGUAAUAAGUUACAUUACUAGUAAUUAAAAUAGUUGCAUUACUUACAUUUGUAACCUAUAACAUUUCUAAAGUAACCUUCCCAACACUGCUAAUAAAUAAUGGUUAACUUUACAUUUAAACUUUCAAUUUACUUUAUUUAAUGUUUGUGUUAUGAAGGAUGCAUGAAGAAAUCUGAAAACAGCCCGAAUAUGAUUGGACCGCAUCCGCCCACAAUGUAAAGAUGAAUAAUAAUGACAUAUUCUUACUUUAAAUUCUGUUACUGCUCCACUACAUAAACCCAGUGCAGAGUUACUUACAAGUUGCACUAGUUUACUGCCGUCAAACUAGAGGCCCGUCUCACCAAGUCCCACAAUCUGGCCAAUGAAUGAGUGAAAGUAAACUACUGUCUCGGACAUAACGCAGGACGUCUGCCUUGCUGAUUGUGUUUCUGUGAGCUAAACAUGUAUCCGUCUCAACAAUAUUGACUAUAAUUUAGCUUAUGUGUUUAUUUUACUGUGAAUCAAUAUGCUUUUUUUUUUUUCCAUUUUCUUUGUGUUAAGUAUGUCGUCACCUUGUUAGCUAGCAGCCUAACGUCACUGAAGAGGAGACGAGGACUAGAGGCAAGACAUUUUAAUCAGCAGUGACCUCACCUUUGCCUUACUGAAGCAGCUGAACAAUCAGAUUGAAUCAGAGUUACUAGAUUUGAGACUGUAUCGUGUAUUUUUCAGAUCUUAACGGGACUUUUGUUUGUUUUCUGUGCAGUCAUUGUUAAUGUUGGAUCUAUUCUUAACAUCAUUUGAUUUCACUCGAGUCAGACUCACCUAGCUUCUGGUGAGAACCAGCUGAGUGCUCCUUUUUAUUAGUAGAUCCAUAUGGAGAACGCUGACAUGUAUUAACAUAUGUACUUUAUAUACUUUGUAAUGGUUUUUUAAAUGUUUUAUUUGUUGGUGUUUUUAGUGAUACAUUUCAAUGACUACUGGAAACCGUCGAGUCGGUUUAUUUGUUCAGAUUUUAAAUGAAAUAUAAAAGUGAAGGAGCUGAAUGAAUGAAGAAUUAUACAUUACAUCCGGACGGUUGUCUAUGGAACCAGUGUUUAGCUUGCCAAAGUCUUUUCGUCUAUGCAGCUGGGCUCGUGGUCCACUUCCUGUGACCGCUUCACUCUCUGAAGUCAUAUCAAACGUUAAACGACGAAUGUUUGUCUCCUGCAGCCUGCAGUGGUUUCACAGCUAACCCUCCAGUAAAGCCCAGUUCCCAAACUAUAAACUACUAACACUACUAUUUAAUGUUUAAGACUCUUUUGGUUUGACUUUUAGCUGUUUUCCCUGACAGUCGAUAUGGUUCAAACGUUUCUCUCCUGUAUUUGCUUUUCUUUUUCCUUGCCUGCGGUGUACAGUAUGCAGGUCAGAGCUACAGAGAGGAACAUUCGGGCACUUUUUAGCCUCUCGGUUGUUACAUUCUUUCAGGAUCAGUGCAAAACAGGUCAAAUGAACUCAACUCAACAUUUGUCAUAUUAACUUUUUUAAUCAGUUUGUAAAGUUAUUCAACUAAGGCUUUAUUUCAUUGCUUGAAUUUACUGCUGAUAUAUAUUGGUCACUUGCCAGGAAACAGAACCUAUCAGUCUCACCUCAUUAGAUUUCCUCCGGCUUAAAAAACAAAAACACCUGACUUGAAGUCAACCCAACCGACUGCAAUAUUCAGCCUUGUUAUUCUACUCUGCAAUGUGCCGUUUCUCUGCUCCUCUGACCUCAAUCUCUGCUUGUCCCUUCAGUCUGAAACUGUACAAACAUCAUGUGCAACAGGAUAGCUAAAGAUCUAUAUAUCAUGAAGCUGAGCCAUGAUUUGCAAAAAGUCCAACACCUCAUAAAACUGCCAUGCACAUGUCACCAUCUUUAAUUUUUGUGAAGGAAAUAUUUUAUUGCUUUGGUCAUAAUGUGCUUAAAUGGGAAACCCUGUGUUAAUCAUGCAUAUGUUUCAUUAUCUUGACUAUAGGCAUUGUGUUUUCACAGCUAUACAUAAGUUUUCUGGUGAUCUAUAACUCUUGGCCUUCCCACAACCUUACAUGAGGAAAUAUUUCAUAUACUUUACUUUAAUACUUUCCUUCUCCAAACCUCUAAAGGUUGCUGCAGUUAAACCUCUAUUGCCUCUCUUCACUUCUUAAAGCCGUCCUCUGUCCUCCCUACAUAAACUAUAUCUCUUUAUAUAAAUACAUAUUUCUCUUUUAGUCAUUUUACAAAAUGUUCUAACAAGGCCAGUGACGCCACACAAUCUGAAAUUAAGUCAUGCUGCUAGAAAAAUGUCAUUGUCAUUUUUUUUGUGUUUUUUUUUUUUUGU